AUGGUUAUAAGAUUUGGGAGCUGAAACAUUCGAAUAACAUUUGUCGAAUACAAAAAGUGAGGAAUCUGAGGAUGUGUAAAAGCUCUUUUUUGUGUUCUUCCAGUUCCUAUAGUGAUGACGAAUCAUAUUAUGAGGAAAACCUCACAUAUUUGUCGUUAGAUUGGGGUGACUAUGACCGCAUAAAUAAGGGAAGAAGCGGCACCCUUAAAUGGGGUUCCUAUGAACGCACGGAUGCAGGAAGUGGUACCUUCACCAACUUUGAACAUCUGCUUACAAACCUUCAAAUAGAUAAGAAAAGCAGAACAUCAAGAAACAUGGAACCAGAUUCAGACUCAGAAGUGGUGAUGCUUGAAAAACUUAUACCACCCAACGACAUAAAGGAAUUGUUGAUGCAUGCAUACAUGGGUGCAGGGUCUACGUUAUGGUUGAACAAAGACAAUUCGAUCUUUAAUGUAGAAUAUAUCAGACUAGAUAAGUGUUUGAAGUGGAAAAUUCUUCCACCUUUUGGGCAGCUUCCUCGUCUCAAGUAUCUUUACCUUCUUAACAUGCCAAAAAUAGAGCUGCUCGAUAAUAAAUUUCAUCAGGAUCGAAAGGUUUGUACCCUUCCAUCACUGGAGUUGCUACAUAUUGAAAAUUUACAAGUAUUGAAGUUUUGGUUUGAUGUAGAAGCAACAAAAGAUAAUUGUUUGUUUCCUUGCUUAAAUAAACUCUACCUCAAGGACUGCCCAAAGUUGCAGGAGUUGUCCUAUUUACCUCCUAAGCUCAAGAGAUUGGAGUUAGAUAACAUUCCGUGGAAAUCUUUUGACUUUCUAAAGGAUAACAACAGCUGUUGCAACAUUAUAAUUCAAAAUUGCGGCAAUUUAAAGUAUUUCUCAAGAGAUAUGGCUUCGAGCUACGAGCUCAGAUUGAGUGCAGAAGUUAUAAAUGAUCCAUCCGUGUUGAUGAUGGAGCCAUUGAGAAGUACUGAGUCCAUUAACUUGUUGACAAUUAGUGAUUGUCCGAUGAUUUCAUUUCCAUAUGGGGCUGAGCAGUGGUUUCAGAAAGUUAGUUACAUUUGUGAGUUGUACAUGGCAAGGCUUCAAAAUCUUAGGUGUCUGCCUUACUUCUCUUCACUGGAGAUUUUAUAUGUGAUGGAUGUUCCUAAGCUCCAGAGGUUGUCAUACAUCCCCGCCUCUCUAAAAAAAUUAAGUCUUAGAAAUCUCAAAUCAUUGCAGGAUCUUCCAUCUUUUACGGACAUCUCUUCACUUAAGAUUUUAGAGAUGAUAGAUGUUCCCAAGCUCCAGAGGUUGUUGUACAUCCCCGCCUCUUUGAAACAAUUAAGUCUUCAAAAUCUCAAAUCAUUGCAGGAUCUUCCAUCUUUUAGGAACGUCACUUCACUUGAGAUUUUAAAUAUGUUAAAUGUUCCCAUGCUCCAGGGUCUGGCGUACAUACCCGCCUCUCUGAAACAAUUAAAUCUUGAAAAUCUCAAAUCAUUACAGGAUCUUCCAUCUUUUAGGGACGUCUCUUCACUUGAGAUUUUACAUAUGAUAAAUAUUCCCAAGCUCCAGAGUCUGUCGUACAUUCCCGCCCCUCUGAAACAAUUAAAUCUAAAAAAUCUCAAAUCAUUGCAGGAUCUUCCAUCUUUUAGAGACGUCUCUUCACUUAAGAUUCUGCAUGUGAUAGAUGCCCCUAACCUCCAACAACUACCUAACAUCCCUGCCUCCCUGGAAGAAUUACGGCUUGAAAGACUCAAAUCAUUGCAGAGCCUUCCAUCAUUUAGGAACGUUGCUUCACUUAAGAUUUUAAAUGUGGAAAAAGUUUCGCUGCUCCGGCUGCUGCCUGAAAUCCCCGCCUCUCUGAAACAUCUAACUCUUCAAUAUCUUGAAUCAUUGCGGUGGCUGCCAAUUUCUUUGCCCUACUCUUCACUUGAAACUCUACAUAUUAAAAUGGUUCCUCAACUCCAAUUGCUCCCCCCGAAGAUCCUC